CAAGAGCAGCACGACUCCUUUAAGAAGGUGCUUUAAUAAACAAUGACCAUCUCAUAUUGACAGCAUGACAUCACCGCUGUUUUCCCAGACAGAGGCAACAUCCACGCGGUAUGCUGGGAUCAUAUUAUCCGAGGAUGAUGGACCGUUCACCAAAUGUUUUAAUAUCGAGCACUCGUUUGAACAUCACGGUUUUGAGACGCUGCAUGCGUCGUCGUAGGGAUUGAUAACGCAGACCAUUUUAAAACGAGUCUCGCUGAAUAAUCUGUCGGUGUAGCGUAUGGGCUGGGGAUUCAUUUGGGGAAAGGAGUGAACCUAUCUUCCAGCUUCAACUGGGCUUGGAUCGGGUGAAGGAGGAUUGCACUGGCUUUCGACUAUACGGAAAGGGCUACGGAUGGACGUUGAGCCGGGAGUUAAAUAAGGCUUUUAUUUUUCUGUCGUCGAGGCUUUAUCUCGAGCCCCCACAUCCAAACAAAUUCCCCCGCACCGACCGCUAUUCAUUCUCUCUUCGCGUGCCCGGCGGGAUGCGGGUGCACGUCAAGGAGCUGUCCAAGCUGUUGUGGUGCUGAUGCGGCUCUGAGCGAACGCGAGCAUGGCUGCUGGGAAGUUGCUGCUCUACGCUGGUCUGUCUCUUUCCCUCUGCGCGCUCGGGAUGCUGGCCGUGGCUAUCUGCUCCGACCACUGGUACGAGACGGACGCCCGGAGGUAUCGUGAGAGGUGCCGGAGUUUCUCCAGUCGCCGAAAGGACCCGGGCUUUAUUUACAUCCCCAACAACAGCCUCCCUCUGCGGGCGAGCCGCUCUCGCCUGGACCGCUGGGAGGAGAAGCUGCUGCUGGCGCGGAACAGACGGCAGCUCUUCGCCAUGAGCGCCGCAGACGAGUGCAGCAGGCAAUACAACUCCACCAACAUGGGGCUGUGGAGCAAAUGCCAUCGCCUUGGAUUUGAUCAGGAUAUCGAGGAUCUUAUUCGAAAAGGUUCUAUUGCAAGAUGCUCCUAUAUCAAGUACCACUACUCCUCAGCCGCAAUACCCAAGAAUCUCUCGUACAACAUCACCAAGACCAUUCGCCAGGAUGAGUGGCACUCUUUGCAUCUGCGGAGAAUGACCGCAGGAUUCAUGGGAAUGGCCGUGGCCAUCAUCCUGUUCGGCUGGAUCAUUGGAAUGCUGGGAUGCUGUUGGGACCGCGGGCUCAUGCAGUACGUGGCAGGACUGCUCUUCCUGAUGGGCGGCACAUUUUGCAUCAUUUCCUUGUGCACCUGCGUGGCAGGAAUCAACUUCGAGCUGUCCCGUUACCCGCGUUACAUAUACGGCCUCCCAGAUGACAUCAGUCACGGUUACGGCUGGUCCAUGUUCUGCGCUUGGGGCGGUUUGGGUCUGUCUCUCAUCGCUGGAUUCUUCUGUACACUGGCACCCUCCGUACAGCCGAUUCCUCGUUCCACAUGCCCCAAGUCCCGCCAGGAAAACGGGACCGUGUGUUAAGGGGCGGCCCCUGAAACCCCCAGGCCCUACAUGGAGCUGGACAAUGGGGACAAAAAAGAAACGUAAAAAGACCAUAACUGAAGAUUAAAGUCGUAUAUUCGUAUAAAAUCAUUUCUAAUCUCACCAACCGGGCCAUUUUUUAACCAUGUGUCUGAGUGCUCUGAUCGUUUAAAAAAUGAAAAAAAUAACAUGGCUAAUUGUAAAGAUGUUGGUGAGCCUUUCCAUUGUUGAGAUACUGCACAAGAACACGUUUCUUUGAAGUUGUGACAUCGUGAGCAUAAGGAUAACAUGAACUGGAAGGGGAACUUGCACAUUGUUCAACAACAGAAAAGAAAAGCUCAUUCGGACAACAUUUGACACAUGGAUGGAAGGUGUUUACACGUACAAUGAUGCCUAGAAACUGCCAAACUUUGAUGGUUUUCGUGACUGGAUAGAAGCAUGUGUAGUAGCUCUGUAAGCAGUGUAUGGAGACCGGUGCCAAUGUUUCAAGCCCAAGAGCUCAGACAAUUCACAUUGACAAGACAACAACCGGGAUCUGAUUUGGCCCCGUUGUGGUUAAACUGUGGAAUUAUUUCAAUUAGUCUUGAGCCCUGGUGGAGUCUUACAAUUCAUCUGGCUAAAGGAUUGUUUUUUGCGCGAAUGAGCAUCUCUUGAAGACUUUAGGAAUGGCAAAUGCCUGCUCGUGACAUAUUGCUAUCGCUGUACAGCAAAUUGUAAAGAAAAAAGUAAUACUUAUAAUAUUCCAGAAGAGAGAAAAAAUCCAAUCCGGAAAGACACAUUUUUGAAGCGUUUGACUUGUUUUUCCAAAAUUGCGUUCCUUUUUGUUUAUUUCUUAUUCAUCCGGUAUCGAACAUUUUACCAUGUGCUUUUUUUCACCACGAACGAGCGGUUGAAUUCUCUACCCGGUGACCUCUAGGUAUGUGUGUGAGAGUGGUUUGCGGUAUCCAUAGGAAUAAAAGGACAAAAAAGUCUUGUAAUGCUAAAAAUUACAAAGCAUCAAAUCAAAAACCUGCCUUGGGGGAAAUCGGGUAGGCUCUUUGCUGAAAUGAGAAUUACUGGAAAAGAAAGAUGCCAUAUCCUGUUUUAGUGCACUUGAACGCUUAGUCCCCGUAGACACAUCUGAUGUAACAUCCACAGACAACAAGACACUCCAACAUCACACUACUACUGCCUUAAGCUCGUCUAGAAAGAGGCAUUUCUUCCAUUUGAUGGGAACGCACGCUGACUUUCUUCAGAAAGCCUUUCCGCGCUGAAAACAGAAUUUCACAUUUCACACACAGGAAAAUUCCUAAACACCAACUAAAGCAGCCAUAUAGCAGCGUGUCACAACGGGACACAUUCACCAUAAGUUGCUGGCAGGUCACCAUGGACAUUUAUUCAUGGCAAUUCGUUUGCAAUGAGAAAAUUUUGAUCUGCCGGAAGAACAUGCUUACAGGGUUCGGCAAGCAGAAAUUUUCCCAAAAGAUCUGCCUGCAUCUGGUUCGCCUUCUUUCUCUGACUACACCCUAGAACCAAUGGUUGGGUAAAAUAUGGCCAAACCCAAUCUUUUGGUUUUAUAUGAUCCUAUGAUGGGUUGUUUCAACACAUGGUUGGAUCUAAUAUAGACAGUUUCUAGGUUGUCCAUAUUUGACCCAACUAUGGGUAUUUGCAUACUGAAAGACCCCAUAAGCUUGUUAUGUAAAUAAGAGACUAUUGGCUAUAAAAAAAAAAAAAACGUCUCCUGUUUAAAUAGGAACUGUGUUGAGGGAAGAAAGAAACACAUUACUUGUCAAACCAUUUCAAGGGGUCUUUAACCAGAUCAUAAGAGCCAAAAGAUGUAAGAACACUGUUGAUUCCCACUAUAAAUUCUUCCCUUCUUAUAACUUUACUUUGUAUUCAUGGAAAAAAGGGUUCAGUCGUCUUCAAUGAGAACAAUCAAAGGAGAAUACUUUGUGUGGUAGGCACAUCUAGUUGCAAGAGAUGCAUGCUGAUAAUGCUGUUGGCUAUGAAUUAACACAAACUCAUCCAGCCACACUUAUAAAGAACUCCACAAGAUUUUUCACACUUCCUUACAGAAGCCCCUGUGGACGAAUCUACCAUGCUGUCACAAAACACAACACACAAAUUUCAGUCUUUUCCACAGUACGGAUUCCAGAAAACAUUUGAAUAAACAUGUAAUAGCAAUCUGUUUUCAGUUUUGUAUCUUGGAAAUAAAACCAAAACACUCUCCGAACACCAAUUCAUUACUUGGUUCAAACAUAUAUUUCUUCAAAUAGGCAAAGAAGGGUGGACCAUAACAGAGUAUAAAGAGAUCAAAGAGUACUUGAAGGUCAGAUGCUCGCAUUAGAUGCCAAGAAUAAAUAUUUCUUAUGGUUUAAUUGCCGUUCAUCCUAGACAAAGUUCAUGACAGAACACAUGUAGUAAAUUGUGUUUCAUAAGCUUUGUAUGGAUCAUUGUUUAUGGCGAAACAUUUCAACAUAAAAACUGUGGCAAUGACUAACAAUGGAAAACAGCCACUCAAUGGGCAUUUUUAAAGAAUCUUCUCAAAAAGCAUUGUGCAUUAGGGUGUGAAUGGGCUCAGGAUAACACUUUCCAGAUGACAACUCGUACAUUAGAUUCAUACAAAUGCGUUUACAUUACAGCCAAUAGUCAUUAGCAUUUCUUGUUUUUUGUUUGGUGGAGUACAUUUAAUCAUGAGUGGAGGUAUUUUUUUCUAUUCAAAACUGAAAUAUAAGUAAAAAAUGCAGCAGGAUUGGCACAGCUGCGACUUUCAAUUUUAUGGGACACUGAAGCCGAAAGGCUUUUUGGAUCUUUUUCAUCACUAACGUGUCUGUUAAGUACCUGAAAAAAAUAUAAAACUGUAAAAAAGCUUAAAAGAAAAAAGAAAAUCCUGGAAAAUGUUAAAACUGUGGAAUGUAAUAUCAUUACAAAAUAAAAUCUCAUUGUUGUGUUUAUCUGUAUUGUAUUU